AUCUGUAGCAGUCGAUCGGGACUAUGACCGGAGACAUGAUCCAAUUUUAGAAAUACCCAAAGGGACAUAACCGAUAAUCGUUGCCAAGCAGUUGUAGCAACAAAAGUUCUCGGGGGUAAAAUUUGAAGAAGUAAUGGGAACUUAAUAUUCAAGAAAGCAUAAAUUGUAAAGUGAAAGAAAAUGGAAGGGGAAGAAUCUACCACCAAAGAUUCAGCAAGGAGUGAAAGUGAAGCAAAGAUCAAAGAAGAUGAAAUAAGGACAGAGAAAGAGGAGGAAAGGAAAACGCCUGAGGUUGAGAGAAAAAUAAGUCCUGAAAAUGGAGGGAAUAAAACACCAGAGAGAUCUGCUAGCAGACAAAGUAGAAAGGACAAUGAUAGUCCUGCAUCAGGAAGAAAAUCUGUAGAUAGUCGACCUAAAAGUACUGAAAGUAUUGACAGGCCUAAGAGUAGCGGAAGUAAUACAUCAAUUGGUAAAUCAAGACGAGGGAAGAAAGGUGUUGCCCAAGAUGUUACACAUAGUGUCACAUUUAAAAUUACUGUAUCAGUGGCAGUACCUACAGAUGAUAUGAAUGCAGCAUCUUUGGCUAUGAGUGAAGAUACAGUGUACACACCAUCUAGAUACCGCCUAAAAUCAAUCAAAAGAGUGGAGGAUGAUGAUGUUCCAGAUCUGAAAGAGUUAAUGAAGAAAAAGAAAAGAACAUUUGAAGUCUCCAAACCACAAGGUUAUUUCCAUACAGAGUAUUCGGUACUUCCUGGGACCUCACCAACGGUCACAGAUCUUGUAUUAUAUGGUCCUUUGUUUAGACUCUUCAAAUAUCCAGAUGCUGCAAGAAAUGAAAGAACUUGGCAGGAAGGAGACCUUACUUGGGUGGCAUGGACCCAUCAUCAAACAAUUGAUAUAAACAAAGAUGUACUGUUGAAGUUAUUUGACCAUACCCUUGAAAUGCGUGUGUGGAACAUCAAGGAGAAAUUGAAACCUACAGCUAAAAGUGAUAGACUUAACAAACCUAUCAAACUGCCUUCAAAUAGAUCAGGGGAUAUAGAGAACAGAGGAGUAAGGGCUAAAGUAUCAAAACAGUUCAAGAACUUUAACAAAUUACAGCCCAAGAAAUCAACAGAUCUACGUCCAUUGCCUACACAGGUGUCCUUUACCAAUUUAGAAAUGGCAAACAAGAAAAAAGAAGAACCAGUAGCAGUAGCAGCUGCCAAGUCUCAGGAUGAUAAUGCAUCUGACAAAAAAUCUCAGAAGUCUCGCCAAGGCUCUCCUACUCCUAAGACAUUAAUGGGUGUUCCAAGUGUAGCUAUAGAAGAUGGAAGGAAUUCCUUCAGUAGAUUAGGUCGAUUAGCUGGACCUGACGCUGCACCAGGAUCUCCCAAAAGGGAUUCCCCAAAAAGAGAUUCCCCCAAGAGUAAGCAAGGAAGUUCAGGAAAACAAAGUCGACAGUCAGGAUCACCAACUCAGAGACAAAUCAAGUCAUCAGCAUCUUUGGGUUCAAGUAAAGGUGGUGGAUUUGUAGAUAAAGAACUGACCCAGAUGAGACCCAGACGUCCAAAGCGUAUGGAUGCAGCAACAAGGGAGGCAACUGAACAUGCCAAGCAAUAUGGCGUGUGCAUGAUACCAAUAAAAUUGUCCAGAUUAUUUUCAGAGCUUGAGGGCCUUGGAGUAAGGACAGUCACUAACAGAUUAGAGAGCCCUGUACCUGGAGUAGAAGAUUGUUUUGUUACUAUAGAACUUAGUGAUCCCUUGAUGGCAAAAGAACACAUAAAAGAACUUAAUCCUAUGAUAUUUAAAAUUUCUUCAGCUAAAAACAUGCCAGAUACACCUUUAUCAUAUAGUGAUCUUAGCUUAAGAUGCCAGCCUGUAUAUUGUAAAUAUAAGUUCUAUAAACAGCCAGAACAUAUUAGUGUAGGCAGAGAACAUGGAAAAAAUCUCUAUUGGGAUGACAUAAAUGUUAUUUUAGCAGGUACAAUAGAGCCAUCAGAAUUAAGACAAUAUCUAAAUGGACCAGCUUUUGAAUUAGAAAUACAUGAUCGUGACAGGAAAGGGGAGGAGUGUAAACCAAAACCAGCAUUGUUUGGAGAUGACCUUGAAGAUGAAAAGAUUAGUAAUGUCGGAACUGUAGCAAGUAGAAGGACAAUAAAUAACCCAUUUGUAGGUAGAAACAAACCAUGGGAUCCCUAUGGUGUUGCCAAAUUAGAUUUAUCAGAGCUUUUAUUAGGGCAUCAGUAUAUACAUUUAAAAGUUCCUAUACAUAAUUGUGCAGUGCCUGAAAUCUUAGGAAGUGGCGAUAAAGUAGAGGGAAAGAUUGUUGGAAUGACUGGAGCUGUUGAUGGACCAGUUGAUAAACCAUUACCAGCAGGACAUUACAUCCAGGCACAUACCAUGCUUAAGGUCAAAGUUGAAGUGGCCUAUCCUUUGGUCAGUGUAGGUUAUGUGUCAGCAAAAAUUGAAUACCCACUUACAAUAGAGUGUCCCUUCAGUAGGAUAGUAUUUAUGUUUGACUACAAGAACACCAGCAUGUUAACCAGGUUACAAGAGCUUGUUGUGGAGAUCAAUGCCACGGCUUUAGAACUAGAUGACAUGCCUCAACAUGUUAUUAAUGCUGCCUUGUCAACUUAUAAACUUUCACUAGAACAACAAAGAAGUAGAGAUUUAGAUAUAGUAACAGGUUUCCAGCUUAUGGAUGGAGAUAUGCAUCUAUUUAUACUGGAGGGAAUGAGAGAAAGGGCUGUGAUGUCACUAUGGGACUCCCUCCCUAGACCAGAAAAUACAGAUGUUCGUGUAUUAUAUAACUCUGACUAUAGUUUUGGUGAAAGAUUAUAUGGACCGUUGGAUGUUGAUCUAUGUAGAGUAAAGCUUCAUGAACCCUUGUCUAUCAUAGUCCAGCAACCUUUAUUGUAUGUAAGAGACAUGGUGCCAAGACCUUGUUUUGAAGCUCUAGUCAAAUUGUAUGAGAUAACAAAGUUAACUCAGAUGAAAAAUGUUGUAAGGAAUGGCUUGUUUCCAACUGCAGAUAUGGUGAUAUCUAUGAGUAAAGAGUUUGGUGUUCCUUUAACACAGGAGGACUUUGAAGAAUUACAGCCAGUUAGAGAAAAGACAAUGGAGGAAACAGAAGUGAGAAUUGAAGAAGAACCAAAUAUACUGAGACAGACGUCCAGAAUCUGGACUCCUAUUGACCACUUGAACAAAGAUUAUAUAGAUAAAUUGGCGUCACCAGAAAAAGAAAAGACUAAAUUAGAUUUUAUUAAGGAAAAUAAGGAAAUGAUUAAAUUUGCCAGUGAUAUCAACAAAGCUGAGAAUGACAUGAAUAAAGUUCCUACAGUUAAAGCAGACGUCAAGGUGGCACACAAUUAUAGCACACAUCAUCUCAAUUCAACAGAACUUGCUAAAGAAAAGCUCAGACAGAUGUUGGCUCAGAACCCUGACACAAGAUAUACAUACUCCCAAGACUAUCAUCACUCUAUGACAGUGGUACCAGUUAAUGUGGAAGCUCUGAAGAAACAAGCAGAGGCCGAGUCAAAGGCUCGAUGGAAGACAGAGAAAGGAUUGAUUUAUCCUGGUUUCAGGACAAUGCAGGAGAGUAACAUACAUCCCAAGAAACCAGGAACACCAAGAAGGGACUCACUACGAGAGCAAUGGAUUGAAAACAUACUCCAUGUUGGAUUGCUACAACCACCACUUAAUAGAGACAAGUUCCCAUGGCAACAUAGAUCAGAGGACCUUGAACUCUAUAGGAGACCAGCUACAACAUUUGGCAGGGAACCAGUUACAAUUCAUCUAGCAGGACAAAAACUCAAACAAGAAAAAUUAGAAUCUUUUAAACAAGACUAUGAAACAUGGAAAUCUAAGAUAAUUGUGAAGGAUCCAAGAGGACAUUUUCAUCGCUGUUUACCAGAAACAGAAAUGAAUGAGAAAGGCCAGAAUCAAAUUGAUAAAUUGAAAGGUUUAUUGAAAGAAAAACCAGAAAAGUUAAGUUUGAAACGACCUGGCUUUUCCUUGAGAGAUAUACCACCUUUAAAUGUUGUUCUAAAUCCAAGUGUCGACUCAUUAUCUAGACUGGAAGGCAAGCCUUUAUUACCGGCUGUUGCAGGAGAGGGUAAUGAGAAAAACAAAGGAUUCAAUCCAGGUCCAUUUGAGGAAAACAGCUGGGUAAUGGAAAAGAAUAAAAUACCAGUACCAGACUAUGAACAUCAAAGAUUCAGGUUCAAGAAAGGACAGGACUUUAAUGCAAUACAUAAAGAAAGGGCAUUACUUCACAGAAAAGAUAUUAUCCCUUUGACAGAUUCUGAGAGAGAUAAUCAUUUGUUUAGGAUACCUGAUGAUCCCAAACGAUUUGGAGCACUGCCAGAAUUGACAUUGGGACCUGAGAACCCUGCCCAGGAAUCAAGAACCUCAAUUAAUCAAUCAGUGGUGGACCCCAUGAACUCACAAACGAAUAUGAUGACUAACAGUCAAGCACAAUUAGAAACUGCUGUUCAGUAGCGAUUUUCCUCAAGAGAUUUCUCAUGAGGAAUAUCUCAUAACAUGUGAUUGUGCUUUAUAGAUCAAUUGGAGAUGUUUAAAUGAAUUCAGAUCCUUGUAAAGGGAGAUAAUUUGUUUUAAAUUAUCUUCUUUUGCAAUUAUCUUAUUCUGUAAACAAGUGCUGUAUAAAUUGUCUCCCUUUGCUUGCAUGGGUUUAGUGAGUGCAGUAUUAUAUAUUGUACUUGAGUGUAAUGGAUUAAAUAUAUGUAGUACCAGAAGUCCAGAAAUGGAAUUGUAAGGUACUAGUAAUGGACAAUUAAUGGACAAGUUACUGUAAUGGACUUCUGGUAGCAUGAGUUAGCUGCUUUUAUCUUGUAAGAUCAGAUAACAAGUUUAAAGUAGAACAAGUGAGAAACAGGGUUCUGUAAAAUAUUUUUAUUUGUGUUGUACUAAUUUACAUUCUUUACAUUAAUUUGUUUAACAAAAGUAUUUAAUUUCCAACAAAAAAAUUACCAAUAAAGUAUUAAUUUUUCAUUGAUUAAUCUUUUUUAAUAUAGUUUUAAUUCGAGGUCCAACCAACAAAUUAAUUUCCAGAAAUCAUUAGAUUGGAUCAAAAAUUAAUUUUGAUUUUAUUGUAUUGAGAAGUAAUAUCUAUUUUCUGUUCAUGUCAACUGGAAUUGAUAACAAGACCUGCUUUUGUGAUUCCUUUUCUUAGGAAAAAUUGGUUUGGACAUAAUAUAUGUUUAUCUACAAAGGACAAACAAACAAAAAGGCCUACAAAAGUUUGCUUAUGGUGCUUUUUUCUGUAAUAAAAAUAGUGAGAUGUUCAUGUGCAUAUAAGCCAACUCUUCCACUAUUGUUUUCUUUUCUGUUCUGGAAUUGAUUGUUUAAUACAGGGCAAAAAAACUUUCUAUUUGAAUUCAAUGGAUGGGGAUUAUUUUAGAAAGAAAGGACAAAAUUAGUAAAGAUUUAAUGCAGGGGGAGGUAAUAUAAAAGUGCCAAUCAAUGGCAGUUUGAACAGCUCUAACCAAUAUUUGUAACCGUAAUUGGUUUAUGAAUUUUACAUUUUAUUAUUGUUAUAAAUGAUAUAAAUAUAUUGGCUAAUUAGUUUAUACUUUAUUACUUAUUAUUUUACAUGCAAUUGGAAGUAUUGCGAAAAAAAGUCUGUUUAAAUGCUUAAAGUAUCUUAGAUCUGGAUAAAGUUAAAAUUUUUAAAUAUUUGAGAAUUUAAAGGGCAUUUGAUCUUUAAAAACAUAAUAAAAUUAAUGAUAAAUGUAAAUACUUAGUACCAGGCAAUAGUCUUUUUGUGGUCUAUAACUGCUGUGUAAAUUUGUAACUAACUGCUGUAGCACUCUGCUGAAUUGUAUAUAGUAUUUUAAAUUUACUUUUUACAUUAUUUAUAUAUUUAUUUUGUAUAAAGGACAUGAACUUAAGAUUUGUCUUACCAAAUCGGUGGUAAACUGCUGACAUAAUAGAUAAUUAUUGUAUAGAAUAAGAUAGAGGUGUCAACUCUUCAAAUGUUAUAGGGAGGCCCUGAUUAAAAAAAAAGGAAAUCUCCACUGAAGACAAGUCUCAUUAAAACUGGACUGCCCCUGCCCCUUAUUUGACUACAUAUAGUCUGUUUUUAGCUUAAGCAGUGUUCUGUAAAGCAGGAAACUUACACAAUGAGCUUAUUUUCCCCUUGCUUUGUGACUAAGGUCAAUUCUUGAAGAUAUUCUUGGAUCUAAAUUUAAUUUUCGACGAUGAAAAAUAUCAAAGAGGAGGAAGUCAACAAAAUAACACCUCACAAACUGAUUUAGCUAUUGCAGUAAUGAAUUUUGAACUCCGGUAAAAUAAAGUAUACAACUGUGUUUUUUCAUAUUACACAUUGCCCAAUCUGCCUGACCUAACUGACUGGUAAAUUAUUGUUUUAGCCAUCUAAUAGAUAAACGACUGAAUAGUAGUAGUUGCUUUAGCCAAUUAAUUCAUAAAUGACUGAAUCAUUAAUGUAUUUUUAAUCAAAAUGUACAAUUUCUUCAACAGCCAAUCUCCCAAAAGAGACAAAUUCCUCGGAGGGAAAAAAAUCUUUUUGAGGGUAUUUGGAAAGUUGACAUCUAAUAUAUUGUAGUAUAGUAUUAGUGCCUUGUGUAGUUAGGACUAGAUAUCAGUAUUAGAUAUUUCAAAGGGAAAUUUCUAAUAUUGAUGUUAAGUAAUUGUUGAUGAGCAAAAUGUGAUAUUUUUUGUUUUUAAAUAUUUUACGAAUAUAUUAUUCAUGUGUGACUAUUCCAUCCAGUUAUUUUGUUUUAUAAUUUUAUUGAUUCUUUCCAUCCAUUCCAAGUUUGUGACUCAGUUUAAAAAAAAUAUACAAUAAUAAAUAAUUUCUUUUGAGAAAUUAGGUACCCAAGAUGAACCCUUGAAUUUUAAAAUAAACCAUCGAUUCAAUCAUCCAUUUUGAAGUUUCAGUGAUAUUGUACCUUACUGUUUUAAUUAACCUCUUGCAUAUUGCCAAUUUUUGGAGUGAUGCUUUAUAUGUUAUGUCCAUAAUUAUAUCUAUGUAAUUUUCUGUUUUGAUACAUGUAUUUUAUUGUCAUGCACAAAUAACCAUCAAAAUGAUAAUUAUAUUUGUUUCAAUAGUAUUUUUUUAUUUUUGUUAAUAUGAAAUCAUUAUUUCACAAAUGGUGCCUAGAACUCUUUUUUCACGUACUAGAUAGUCAACUGUUAUUUCUUAUAUGUUUGUCAUUAAUAUUAGUCAAUUUCAAAGUAAAUCCGCAUAGCAAGUUAUUUCAGUGCUGAGCUAUUUUUUUGGGGAAACAAAUAUACUGUGUUGUGUUUAAAGGCUAAUUAAAUUUAUUCUCUUUUACGUUUUUAUUGUCAUUUAACCUACAGUAAGCUACACUAUUAUUUCCUUUUGUAACAGGUUUUUAAAUGAUUUUUAAUUUAAAUGCAAACAUCAGUUAUAUAAACUGCUGCAGACAUGACAUAGUUAAUUAAUUAUUGUUAAUUUUACACGUAUGUAUUCUGUUUUCUGUGAUAAAACACUUGUUAUUUUUGUGAUUCAGUAUUGAAUACAAUUUUGUCUUGACCGAUA